AUACUUGCAGGCUUCUUAUCCUAAUUUAGCAUGCUGCUGACGGUAUUUUGGUCAUUUGAAAAGAAAAAGAAAAAUGAUAAAUAAGCAGAAGCGCAGCAGAGAGUACAGAGAGAAUCUUUGAAGAGAGUGAGAAGAGAAACUUAAGACAUGCCUCUGUGAGAAAUCUCGUAAAGCACAAACAUUCCAAGCUGGUAAAGUUAAAGCAAAAAAGAAAACAUAAACCAUCUUCCUUGGACCAUUUUUUCUCUACAGAUGAAAUUUCUACUCAAAUAGAGAGAGAGAGAGAGAGGCAUUCAUCAUUUCAUCUUCGUUCUUGGUUCCCUUGAUACUUAUCAGCUUAGCUCAUUAAAUCAUUAGUGGAGCUUCAUGUGCAAAAAAUAAGAAAUGGGUUUUCAAUCAUGAUUCAGAAGUUUCAUUUUGAAGCAAGUAAGUAAUUUUUUUCUGAGUGGUAUUUAAAAGAUCCAUUUGCACUGUUGUGUAGUGUUUCAAAGUCUGGGUUUGUUAGAGUUUCUGAUUCAUUUGGGGAUUUUCUUCUGUAAAACCCAAUUUUUAAGUGAAGACUGAAGGAAAAUUAGAGAUAAUCAUGUGUUUGAUGGUGUUACUAUACAUUAGUUUGAUCAAGAAACACUAAAAUGAAUCACCCUUUUGGUUUCACUGUUUGAGUAUUUGGUUUCUAGUUCAGUUAUAGAUCUAUUUCCCAGGUGUUAAGAAUUUUUGAAGUCAUUUUAUAGAUUGAAGUAAGAUUUUUCUUCUUGAUUGCUUUGAAAUUUGGUUUGAUACUUCAUCAAAUUAGAUAAUGGCUGAAUUUAGAGUUCCAAAGGUGGAGCAAGGACACACUAAGAUCAGAAGUGUUCCUAUUGCUGUAACCCCAGAAGGGUUUUGGUGUUGUCCAUCUCCUGUUAUAUUUCAAAAGACCCUCAAAUCUCAUAAUCUUCAAAACAAACCCAAACCUCCAGCAUCACCACAGAAUACUUCUACUCAGAAGAAGCAAAGCCCACAAAACGAUAAGAGAACAGCUCCAACGCCGUCUAGAGCAAGGGUUCUUUCCGACGAUCAAAAAGCUUUAAGCUCUGAUGCUGUCAGUCUGAAUACAACAACUAUGGUAGUUGAGAGACCUGCGAAACCCAACAAUGAUAAUUCACGGCGAAAAGUUGCUAUUGAGUUUGGUGAUCCUGGAACAAGUGAUUUGAAGGUUGUUUUGUUUGGGAAGCAGGGAUUUUCUGUAAAGAUGAGUGUACAUAGGAGUGUGCUAGUGGAAAAUAGCAGUUUCUUUGCAGAACAACUCUCGCAGAACCAGUCUCCUUUAUCUUGUCUUGAAAUUGGUGAUUGUGAUGAUGUUGAGAUUUAUGUAGAGACUGUUGGAUUGAUGUAUUGCAAAGAAAUGAAGCAGCGCCUGAUCAAGCAAAAUGUUGCGCGAGUAUUACGCCUCCUCAAGGUUGCUGAAUUGCUUGGUUUCCAGACAUGCAUACAUUCAUGUUUAGAGUAUUUGGAGGCUGUCCCCUGGGUUGGAGAAGAGGAAGAAGAAAAAGUGGUUUCUUCAGUCAGACAUCUCAAAAGUGAUAAUUUGAGAGUGAAUCCAGUGUUAAAGCGAGUAGCCUCGGAUGCAUCACGUCCCCCUAACGACACACUUACCCACAUAAUGGAGCUGGUUCUUAAGAGCAAUGAAGAGAAAGGUCGACGUGAGAUGAAAACCUUAGUGUUGAGACUUCUAAGAGAAAACAACAAUCUUCUUAGUGAUGUGAAUUCCGCAGAAAUAUGCAGUAAAAAUAUAUACAACUCAUGUCAAAGCUGCUUAAAUUCACUGUUGAAUCUAUUUAAGCAAGCUGCAGAACCAGGAUUUGUUGAUACAUCCAUGGAAAGCAAAGGUCCAGUGGCGAAGCAAAUAUCUCUAGAAGCUGAUAACCUUCUAUGGUUGCUUGACAUUUUGGCUGAUAGGCAAGCGGCAGAAGAGUUUGCACUGAUGUGGGCUACCCAAGUAGAACUGGCAACCCUUCAUUCAAAGUUACCAACAGUAUCUCGCCAUCUCAUUAGUUGCAUAACAGCGCGACUGUUUGUUGGUAUAGGAAAAGGGGAACUGCUUCCAUCAAAGGACACACGGCAGCUAUUGUUACAGACAUGGUUUCAGCCAUUGAUCGAUGACUACUUUUGGUUACAAUAUAGCUGUAGAUCAUUUGACCGAAAAGUGGUGGAAGAAGGUAUUGGGAGGACAAUACUAACACUUCCGCUAGAAGAUCAACAAAGUAUUUUGAUGGCAUGGUUAGGAUGUUUCUUGAAGGCCGGUGAUAACUGUCCGAAUCUUCAAAAAGCCUUUGAAGUCUGGUGGAGAAGAACUUUCCUAAGGUCUUAUGUGGAACAGCAUGAAGAAGAUCUACUGCAGGUAGGUGAGGCUUCGUCGACUACGCCAUCAACUUAGCAAACUUGUAGGACAUGAACUCAUUACACAUCAGUAACGAGUCUACUGACAGUAGCGACGGUAGCCAUUGAUAAUGUUGUAAAAGUUCAUUCUUAUAUCAGUGAUUAAGAGUUUGCUUGGGAGAUCCAAAUUUGUGAAAAACAAAGAGAGAGUGAGUUUGUAACAGUUUUUCCAAGUAGUUUCUUUGAAUGUAAAACAACAGAACUGCUUGGAUAUAUAUGUAUUGUGUAAUUGUGUGGACUGAUGGUGUGGGAUUUCGUUGCAUCGUCUGUCAUUACUGUCAUGAUAGCUCAUAUUGCAGGCUGGUUACAAAGCUA